GAUUUCAAGAUAGGUGAUCGAGUAUUUGUGGGUGGCAUCAAGCCGGGUAUAAUAGCGUACAUAGGGGAGGUACAGUUCUCGAGUGGGUGCUGGGCAGGGGUGGUGUUAGACUCUGCAGUUGGGAAGAACGAUGGCAGUGUGAAUGGCGUGAGGUACUUCAUGUGCGAACCGAGGAGAGGCAUAUUUUCGAAUCUCUCAAAACUCUCCAAUAGCAACAACAGCAGUUUAAACGUUCUAGACAUCAACAUAAACAGUUCUGUAACAUCUCCUGGUUCUGCAUUCAGUACUCCUAGCCAGCCAUCUGUCACUCCAUUGAGUGCCCUACCCAGACGCAAGACGAGUGUCGGUUCGAAUUCAAGUCACGGAUCGGGCAAGCAAUUAUCAAAUGAUCUAACUAAUAAUCAAACAUCUGACUCUUCUGCCGCCAACUUAUCCAGUCUACCUUUCAAAUUAGGUGACCAUGUGGUCGUUAGUGGCAGCAAAAAUGGAAUUGUGAAGUUCAUCGGAGAGGCUGAGUUUGCGAAAGGAGUUUGGGUUGGAGUGGAUUUGAGGGAACCUCUGGGGAAGAAUGAUGGAUCGGUGGCCGGCAAAAGAUACUUCCAAUGCACUCCAAUGCACGGACUCUUCGCUCCAAUCCACAAAGUUGAGAUCUGCAAAGUGAUGGCAAGAUUGUUGCCAACGUCUGCUACACCUGCUGGCAUCAGAUCUCAACAGCAGCAACAACAUAGACAGCAGCAACAACAACAACAAAACUUUCAACAUCAACCACACCAAAUCUCAUCCCAUCGAUAUCAGAUAAAAAACCAAUUGAGCAACAUCAACAACAGCAGCAACAACAACCUCAUGACGGCCAGUUGGAGCAACAACACCAACAACAGCAACAACAUAAUGAACAGCAGAGGUACAUUGAAAGAGAAGGAGGAACACGUGGAACAGCUGAUCAAGGAGCGUGACCUCGAUAGGUCAGAGUUCAUCAAGACUGCUGCCCAAGUUGACGAGAUGGAAAGCCAGUUGAUGUUGAUGCAGUCGGAGAAAAAAAAAUAUGAAGCCGGAAUGAGUGAGGAGUUGGAACGAGCGAAGGAGCUCAUCUGCAAGCUGGAAAGUUCCAAGGCUGAUCUGAAGAUGCAGCUGAUUGAAGAGAAGAGGAAACUGGAAGACAUGCAGUUUUCAUUAGAGGAGUUGAACAUCGAAAAGCAUGACAUCCAGGUGGCUAUUGAAUUAUUAUUUAUUAUCUUUUCUCUUUUUUUGUUUUCUACUAAGCUAUAA